UGACGACAGAUGAGACGUCUCGUAAUUUCACUGGGCUUCAUACCAACAUUGCAUGCUGCUCUCUGAGUCCGUGUCCACCCUUCUUGAUAUCUACAUAAAGUAGGGGUGUAUCAUGAACAUGUGGAUUAGUUGCUCUCUGUUGUCAGAGAAGGGGGAGUUCUGUACUUCCAACGGUGAGAAUCCUGUUUGAUUGGGCGCGAAAAGAAGAAGCUGAAUGUUGGGGAGGAGGGGAGCCCUCGCUUGCUUCACAUUGCAUGACUGCACCGUGCUGAUUCAGCGGGACAAAAGGGAUAGCGGCGGGUGCUGAGGACCGUAAUCGCCAGAAUCACUGCUGCUUGGAUGGCACUGUCAAAUCAAAUCAAAUCGUAUUGGUCACAUACACGUGUUUAGCAGAUGUUAUUGCGGGUGUAGCGAAAUACUUGUGCGUAUUCAAAGCAUUGCGCUGUAGCAAGGACGGACGGACGGACACUGCAGUGGUGUCAACAGUGAACAAAUCGCUGGUUUUCCUGGUGGUUGUUUAUCUGCCAUAUAGGAAGUGGAUUAGAAGAGAGUGGCUGGGAGGAAACUAAAUCCCUCUCUAUUGUUGUGUACUGAUCUGGAUUUAGGUGUUGAGCAAAGACAAACUGACAAUGCAGAUCUGAAGCGGGGCACACAAUGGACACGAACAUGCAGAAAUUUACAGUUAGGAGAUGGUUUUCCGUCUACCUUCAGAAGAAGUCACGGUCCAAAAACUCGAACCUCUGCAGAUUAGAGGACGAUGGCAUCCUGAAAGAGAUCGACAUCAGCCAGCACACCAAAGAAGGCUUUGAAAAGGCAGACCCCUCCCAGUUUGAGCUGCUGAAAGUGCUAGGCCAAGGCUCCUAUGGAAAGGUGUUCCUGGUGAGAAAAAUCAAAGGCUCUGACAGAGGACAGCUUUAUGCCAUGAAAGUGUUAAGGAAAGCAACGCUAAAAGUUCGGGAUCGGGUGCGGUCCAAAAUGGAGAGAGACAUUCUGGCUGAAGUCAACCACCCCUUCAUAGUCAAACUCCAUUAUGCCUUUCAGACGGAGGGGAAGCUGUAUCUGAUUCUAGACUUCCUCAGAGGGGGAGACCUCUUCACACGGCUUUCUAAAGAGGUGAUGUUUACUGAAGAGGAUGUGAAGUUCUAUCUGGCUGAGCUGGCCUUGGCCUUAGAUCACCUUCACAGUCUGGGCAUCAUCUACAGAGACCUCAAACCAGAGAAUAUUCUUCUUGAUGAGGAGGGCCACAUCAAGAUAACAGAUUUCGGGCUGAGUAAAGAGGCAAUAGACCAUGACAAGCGAGCGUACUCCUUCUGCGGGACGAUAGAGUACAUGGCCCCUGAGGUGGUCAACAGAAGAGGACAUACACAUAGUGCUGACUGGUGGUCAUUUGGCGUCUUAAUGUUUGAAAUGCUGACAGGAUCUCUACCAUUUCAAGGCAAAGAUCGCAAGGAAACAAUGGCCCUCAUUCUAAAGGCAAAACUUGGCAUGCCGCAAUUCUUAAGCCCAGAGGUGCAAAGUUUAAUACGGGCCCUCUUCAAACGAAAUCCUACCAAUAGAUUAGGUGCUGGACCAGAUGGAGUCGAGGAGAUUAAAAGGCAUAAUUUCUUUGGAAAUAUAGAUUGGAAUAAACUGUACAGAAGAGAGAUCAAGCCUCCAUUCAAACCAGCAGUGGGCAGGCCAGAUGACACCUUCCACUUUGACCCUGAAUUCACCUCCCGCACACCUACAGACUCGCCGGGCAUCCCUCCUAGUGCCAACACACACCAGCUCUUCAGAGGGUUCAGCUUCGUGGCAACUAAUCUGGACCAGGAGCAGUCCGUUGCUGAAAUACGGCAAACCUCAACUGUCAACACUAUUGUCCAACAACUUCAUGGGACCAACAUCCAUUUCACUGAUGGGUAUGAGAUGAAGGAGGAUGUGGGCUUGGGGGCAUACUCCGUCUGCAAACGCUGCAUCCACAAAAUCACCAGUGUAGAAUAUGCUGUCAAAAUCAUCGACAGAGCCAAAAAAGAUCCAUCUGAGGAAAUUGAGAUUCUGUUGAGAUAUGGGCAGCAUCCAAACAUUAUCACGCUGAAGGAUGUCUAUGACGAUGGGAAGUAUGUGUACCUUGUGAUGGAGCUGAUGAGAGGUGGAGAGCUGCUGGACAGAAUCCUCCAUCAGAAGAGUUUCUCUGAGCGAGAGACCUCUGCUGUGCUCUGCACUAUUACCAAGACAGUGGAGUACCUUCACUCACAGGGGGUUGUACAUCGUGACCUUAAACCAAGCAACAUCCUCUAUGUGGAUGAAACGGGAGAUCCGGAAUCGAUCCGAAUUUGUGAUUUUGGGUUCGCCAAACAAUUAAGGGCAGAAAAUGGUCUCCUCAUGACGCCCUGUUACACAGCAAACUUUGUGGCUCCUGAGGUCCUGAAGAAGCAGGGGUAUGAUGCUGCUUGUGACAUCUGGAGUUUGGGAAUCCUACUCUACACUAUGCUCGCAGGCUUCACCCCUUUUGCCAAUGGUCCUAAUGACACCCCGGAGGAAAUACUGGCUCGCAUUGGUAGUGGAAAAUAUGCCCUCAUCGGAGGAAACUGGGAUACAGUUUCUGAUGCUGCAAAGGACAUUGUAACUAAGAUGCUCCAUGUGGAUCCACACCAACGGCUGACGGCCCCCCAGGUUCUCAGACACCAGUGGAUAGUCAACCGAGAACAGCUGUCUCAGAGUCAGCUCAUCAGACAAGAUGUACAGCUUGUGAAGGGCGCAAUGGCUGCAACAUACUUGGCUUUGAAUCGUUUGCCUCUGGCCCCAAAGCUGGAGCCUGUGGAGUCUUCAAGUUUGGCGCAGAGAAGAGGAAUGAAGAGACUCACAUCCACUGGUUUAUAGCACCCUCAUAGAUGAUUUGGGGACAGAGCUUGAAAAGGGGUCAAAGUGCAAUGACUUUCAUCAGACACUGGUUUAAGUGCCCGUCCAAAAUACCAGGAAGUCCACAGUAGUGGGAGCAAGGAGGAGCAACUUAUCAGAAGAAGAAAAAAAUGUAGAGAAGAUACAUCUGGUUGUUGCACUAAGAAAGAAAUCUUUACGGAUUUUAGAUGCACUAGAAACAAAUGGUGGUAUUAAAAGACCAACCAGAAUGAUGUUCAAAUGUUCAUAUAUUUUAUUCAUUCAUAUUUGCCUUUUCCUUUAGGUGCCAUCUGCUACUAUUAAAUUAUUUGACACCUUUGUAUUAUGAAGAGUAUGUUUCAUAUAUUAUCUAGGAGACCAAGUAAUCUUACAGAACCUCAAGUUGACACUGCCAUAAAGGCUGUAACAGAGAAGUUGAGAACAGUUUAUAACUACAUAUAACUAACUACAUUUACGGGAUUUUAUCAACAUGGGAUAUCUGUAUUUUUCUCUGUGGCAUGUUGGGGUGUUACUUUUAUUAUUCUUCAUCUGGGAGAGUCAUUUCUGACAGAUUGUUGGAAAUGUUCAGCUACAUCUGCUAAGGAUACGUUGGUACAUUUUUGUAACAAAAACUGAAAUGGCUAAAUGACCACAAAGAGUAUAUGUAUGCAUCUGUUGUUGAUUUUCAGGCUGGUUCAUAAGGUUUGAUAUACUGUAGUCUACAAUAUUUAUUUUCUGUAAAAAUCUAGUGAGCAUUAUUUUGGAUGCUUUUGAUAGUUUUGGCAAUUUCUAACAGCAUUCUGUGUGUUUGGAGGGUUUACUGAAAAGACCCAUUUAUAAAUUGCCAAUGUAAGUUAUUUAUUUUAAAUGUGACUUAUUUAAGUUAUUUGAUCAAACAAAUGUAUUUGUUUCUACAUUAUCCAUUAUUUUGUGUAUUCAUUUAUGUAAAUGUCUAUUUUAUUUUUAAUACACAACAGAUUUAAGUGUUUUAUACCUGAUCUGAAGUGACUUUUUGGAAGGAAGUAUUUGUUGUAUUAGCAAAUACAUUGCCUUUAUCGGCAUUACCUUGUUUUGCCGUCUGUAAAAUUACUUAUUUUUUCAGAACAUUCAUCUCUAAACAGUAUGGAACCGAUAUGAAUGCACAUGAGUAUUUACAUUUAUUGUUCAUAUUUUGAACAGGGACAACAAAAAACACCUACAGUAGAAUGCCACCUUGGAGGCCUUUGUUUCUGAAUAAUGUGCAAGUCAAGUAGUAAAGAAGCUGUGUGAAACAAACAAGAAAUCUCAACAGUAUUCAGUGUACUCACACAUUGAGAUAUCAUAGAAUUACAGGUAGAAAGCACACAGGAUUCAGGAAUGGUUUAUCAAUCAACCUAAGCCCACAAUGGAGCUUUAGUUGCUCCAUAAUAAGAAUAUGGGAUACACACCAAUAUGACAAAACAGGUCACAUAGGGUGAAUACUACAGACUUACCUUUAGAAUAUAUUCAUCAUUUUGACAGUACAACUUGCUAAAUUGGAGCAGAGAAAAUGAAAAGCAUUAUAGCUGAUUGCAGUGAGCCUUAAUUUCUGUUUUCACAAAGCUUAAUUGAAUAACUACUAAAAUACACAAUGUAAAGAGAUCCACCCCCCAUAGAAUAACACAAUAGAGUACCUUGAUCAAUGCCUCUCCUUGUGCUGCUGUGGCUUGUAUAGAUCUUAAGUGUUUUGUGCAUGCCGAAGGUACUUCUGCAAAGAUAAUUGAUUCAACGAGUCUUCAGCUCUGUG